AUGAUCCACAGUCGUGGAAAUCGUAAGGACUUUGAUGAAAUAGCAGCAGCAGGAAAUAGUGAAUGGUCGUAUGAUGAAGUUCUUCCGUAUUUCUUACGAUCUGAGAGAGCAAACUUGUGGGAGUUGAAUAAUUCUCCAUAUCACAAUAACUCAGGGAAAUGGUCGAUUGUCUGUCUUUUGGCAGCAACAAUUUUUUCAAUUAAACAAGUGAAUUCCAUCAACAAUCCAGUGGAUUCCGUUGGCAAUCAAGUAGGUUCCAUCGGAGAUCAAGUGGAUUCAGUUGAAAAUGUAGAUGACAUUGAUAUUCAACAAAUAUUGGCAGAUGCCAACUCAUGUACUUCAUCAUUUUCAUACAAAGCACCCGACCAAAAUUCAACUUAUGAUUUCAUAAUCGUUGGAGCUGGCCCUGCAGGUUCAGCACUAGCCAAUAGAUUAUCAGAAAAUCCAAAACAUACCGUCUAUUUGUUGGAAGCAGGUGGUCCAGAAUGUUUAGCUCAUCAAAUGCCAGUAUUGACAAUUGGCUUACAACAAACUGAUACCAACUAUGGUUACACAACAGUUCCACAAAAACACGCCUGUUUCGCAAUGAAAGAUAACAUUUGUAAAACUCCUCAGGGAAAGUCUCUGGGUGGUUCGUCUUCUCUAAGUUAUGGAAUUUACAAUCGAGGAGUUAGUAAGAACUACGAUGAUUGGGCAGCUCUUGGUAAUGAUGGUUGGUCGUACGAAGAAGUUUUGCCAUUUUUCCUGAAAUCAGAAAAUGCUAGUUUAAGAAAAUAUCAAGAUUCACAAUAUCACAAUUAUUCGGGAGAGUACAUUAGCAAUGAAGAUGUUAAAUAUAGAACUGAAAUACCCAAAGCUUUAAUUCAGGGUUGCCAGGAUGCUGGACUUGAUUAUAUCGAUUACAAUGAUCCGACAACUGGAGAAGGAUGUUCAUAUACUCAAGCUGAUACCCGUAAUGGUCGUAGAUAUAGUGCUUUCAGAGCUUACAUUGAACCUGUUCAAGCUGAUCGACCAAAUCUUCAUGUUCUUCCAAAUGCCUUGGUCACUAGAAUCCUCAUUAAUCUUGAUACAAAAACCGCCUAUGGAGUGGAAUUCGAAUACAAUGGAGAGAAAUAUACAAUUUUGGCAAGUAAAGAAGUCAUUCUUUCAGCUGGACCUUUCCAUUCGGCACAACUUUUAAUAGUUUCUGGUAUUGGACCUGAAGAAACCCUCAAAGAAAUCGAUGUUCCCCUAGUAUUAGAUCUUCCUGUUGGAAAAACCCUUCGCGAUCAUACAAGUCAUAUUGGACCACUUUUCACACUCAAUACCACUCUGCAAACACUGUUUAUCGACCGAAUUACACCAAUUGAUAUAACUGAAUUCUUAGCUGGAAGUCCUUCGACAAGAGUUUCCACGCUGAGCGGUGUUGAAGCAUCAGCAUAUAUCAAUUCAAAUUUGACCGAAGGACUUAAUCGUGAUGUUGAAUUGAUAUCGGUUAGUGCAACUAUUUCGGUAGACUAUGGAACAAUAUUUAAGGAAGUCAUCAAUAUGCGUGAUGAUGUUUAUAAUAAAGUCUACAAACCUACCGAAGGAGUUGAACUAUUCGGUUUCCUAACAAUGCUUUAUUAUCCUGAAUCAACUGGAAGUCUUUGGGUGACAAGCAGUGAUGUUAAAAUUCCACCUAAAAUCGAUCCCAAUUACUAUUCCGAGUCGAUAGAUGUUGAGAAAAUUCUUGAAGGUAUUAAGAGAUCUAUUGAAAUUACAUCUAUGCCUGGUAUGCAAGCAAUUAAUGCAACAUUGAUAAGAACUAAAGUUCCAGGAUGUGAAAAAAUGGAAUUUGAAAGUGAUGAUUAUUGGAGAUGUUCGAUUAGGGCUUAUGCUUUUUCAUUACAUCAUUAUAGUGCUACUUGUAAAAUGGGACCUGCUUCGGAUGAUACUUCGGUUGUAGACUCGGAUUUAAUAGUUCAUGGUAUGAAUGGUUUGAGAGUUAUUGAUACCAGUGUGGUUCCUAAUUCUAUUGGUGGACACAUGUCAGCAGUAGGUUAUAUGAUUGGCGAGAAGGGUGCUGAUAUUCUUAAAAAAUUCUAUGAUUAG